UCUCUCUGCCCUGGUGUGUAAAAUCUGUUUCUGUCUUGCACAGCUAGCUGAGGAUCUGAUAAGGAAGCACCACCGAGUUGCUGGUAACCGCAGCAGACAGAUGAUGCUUUGGGGGAUGGUGUUUCUUUUUAGUGGUUAGUUUUUCAGAUAAGGAAAGGCUGUUUUCUCUUUUGAAAAUGCUACCCAGGCUUAUUUCACAUGUAGGUAAGUUUCUUGCUCUGGACUGGAAAUACAGGCGUUAAGGAGAGUUGUUUCACUUGUCUUGAAGUGCGUUUGGACUUAGCAAUGAAUAAUCAAACCAUGGGGAGGACCAUGGUCCCCACGAUUCCGUCCAUUAUGUUCAUUUUCGGGGUGGUUGGAAACCUCAUCGCCAUCGUGGUUCUUUGUAAAUCCCGGAAAGAACAAAAAGAAACCACCUUUUACACGCUGGUGUGUGGACUGGCAGUCACGGAUCUGCUUGGCACACUGCUGGCCAGUCCGGUCACUAUCGCAAUUUAUGUGAAAGGCGCGUGGCCCGGAGAGGACCCGCUGUGUCAGUACUUUGGAUUCACCUUGCUUUUCUUCUCGCUGGCAGGGCUCAGCAUCAUCUGUGCCAUGUCGGUGGAGAGAUACAUUGCUAUAAACCAUGCCUAUUUCUACAAUGACUACGUGGACCAAAAACUCGCCGGGCUGACUCUAGUAGCGAUUUACAUCUCAAAUGCUUUUUUCUGCGCCCUGCCGAUUAUAGGCUUUGGGCAGGUGAAGAAACAGUAUCCACAGACGUGGUGUUUUUUAGAGUGGAGGAGCAACAAGACCAGCGAUGCCGCUUACUCCUACAUGUAUGCAGGUUUUAGCUCUCUUCUUAUUCUCGCCACUGUGAUCUGUAAUGUGCUGGUGUGCGUGGCUUUGAUCCGGAUGCAUCGGCGCUUUGUGCGUAGGACGUCGCUGGGCACCGAUCUCGGGCGCACCGUGGACCUGCGGAGAAGAGGACGCAGCUUUGGACGUCUGGCCGGUGCAGAGAUUCAGAUGGUCAUUCUCCUCAUAGGCACAUCGGCAGUAGUUCUCAUCUGCUCUAUCCCACUUGUUGCUCAGGUGUUUUUGAACCAGCUUUAUAAGACUCCAGUGGAGCGACGGCUGGACAAAAACCCUGAUCUACGGGCGAUACGUUUUGCCUCCUUCAACCCUAUUCUUGACCCGUGGAUCUACAUCCUGCUUCGCAAGGCUGUUCUCCUCAAGCUCAUUGAGAAAAUCAAGUGCCUCUUUUGUAAAAUGGGAGCAAGGAGGCAACAGAGACAGGGAAACUUCCCCUGUAUAGAUGGCUAUCAGCUCUCCUCUGUCACGUCUAACCGGGAUUCUCACUCUUUUGUGUCCAAUGACCUACGAGAUGCCAACAGCACCUCCCAGACCUUCCUCUACUUUCCAGAGGGAACUGAGAAGUGCACUGGAAGAUGUCCCAGGGAACACAAACUCUCUGGUUCACAACAAACUUCAGCUAGAAACUCACAAGCGUCUUGUUCAUCCCAAAAGGGCAGCACUGAGGCUCAGACCAGAGAAGAGGCAAAUGUAAUCACAGAUCUUUCAGCAUCUUCAUGCCCUAAAGAUCCAGGACUUCAGGUCACUUUGAACACUGAGACAGUGGAGGAGAAAUGCAUCUGAUCCAACUCUACUGUUUCAUUUCUCCAUGACAGAACUUUUAAAGCACUAAAAAAGUGGAGGUGGCACAUAAAAAUGAGAAGUCACUCUUUGUUGUAAAAGGCCCCAUGCAGUGGGAAAGAGAUAAGUGCUGUGAGUGAUAUCGUCCUAUUGUCUGUUUCAGCACCCAGCUACCUCAGUGACUGACUGUGUGAGCAGAUUUUGUCAUUUUUGCCUAAGAAAGAUGCUAGACAGAGACCACUGAUGGAAAAGCUUAUCAUUCCCAGUUUCAUCUACUUUGUUCAGUCAUUGUGGAAACCUUUACUGUAAAGCUGUAUUUCCUAACUUUAGCCAAACUUUGUUGACCACAAGCUUGUGGUCAGUGAAGUAAAUGAAAAUGGUCCUGAAUGCGAUUCUUAUGAGUAAUCACAAUGAGUAAUCACUGACAAGUGUUUGCUAUUGUUAGGACUGAUUCCUCUAAAAACUCUAUUGUGCAGUGCUUUUAGAAGGACACAUUGUGUUAGCUCCAGGACUAACGUAGAGUAGAGUUUGACAAUGUAGUGAGCACAGACAUUUUCGUUCCUCUAACCUGGAAUACACACAAAUAUAUCAUCUCAAAUUAUUUAAAAACACUGUUUUCCAUCUUAAAGAAAGGGUACAAAGGUUCCUGCUCCAGCUACAGAAAAUCAGUUGACUGAUUUUGAAUAAUGUGAUGCAAUAAGCGGUCAGCUUGAGAAAAAUGGUGUUCUAAAUGAGUGAUGUUGUGUAAAACAUUUUUUGUGAUAUAAUUAUUCUUCUCUAAGAGAAGGUCAAAAUGAAUAGAUCCCAACUCCAGAAGGAUUUGCAGUCCAAAAGAAGCAUUUAUGUGCAGUUAUAAGUUAUAUUAGUCAUGGAGUUUGAUCAGUAUUAAUACUCAUGAACUGCCUUUCAGCAUUACUAUACAGUACUAUACACUAUACAUGAUGUCAGGACUCAAAAUAUCAAAGAACCUUUUGUAAAAUGUUCUGUAUUAGUUAGGACCCAUACUUCUCUUUUAGUUUAAUGUUUGUGUUAAGUGUUAAUAUUCCAGGAAAUCAAGGUGUUGGCAUUCUUUUUUGGCCAAAGAUAUGCUGUUUACAGUGACCCAAAAUCAGGAAAAAGCUGAUAAUGCUCACAUUUAAAAAGAAGGUACCAGUAUAUGUUUGGCCUUUUUUUUUUCAUGAAAAUUGACUAAAUACAAACCAAUUUCAGAUCUAGUAUCAAUAAUACAAAAAUCAAGGGUCUACAUAAUGAGCAAUCCUUCUCUCUGCUGCAUUUUCAUAUGGCAAAUUCUCCCUUUUAAUGUCAGCUAAAACGUCUGGCAUCGUAACACUACAGAAAAUAACACACUGAACUUUUGAACUCCAGUUUGUUUGAGGUUUCCCACUCAAAUGAACUUUUUGUCUGACUUUCAAGAACUUUGAAGCGCACAGCAUUCCUCCUUUCUCCCAUUAUGACACCAUCUCAGGCUGUUACUUAAUGUUUUGCUUUUCUUGCUUCUUUCCUCGUGUUAAUUUUAGAUGAGCUUAUUUGUGUGCAUAGCAGCAGAUGAUGACUGCCGAUAAAGGCUGUGCAGUAGUGGUUGAAGUUAGAGUUUGACAGAUAAGUGAAAAGGCCUUUUAAUUUAUUUUGAAUCAUUAAAUUAUGCACUUUAUUUUGUAUUUGGUUCAUAUUGUAAUGCAGAAUGAAAUCCGUGCACAUGUAUGUAAUGUAUGAACUUUGACUUUAUUUGCUAUGGUAUCAUAUUUCAUAUCUGUAAACAUGACUUGGUGUACAGGAAAAUGAUCGAGAACUUCUGUGUUAUAGGGAAU